GUUCGCUUCAACAGCCUACGCCGUCACUUCCCCGCAGUCCUCGAUUCCCGUUCACAGAGUAUACCGUGACAUUUACUGGGCAUGCCAGACUUUGACAUUGGAACAGGCGGAUGCGACCAGAAUUUAUCGCCACCUAGCAAGAGACGUGUAUUGCCUGAACACGAAGAGGGACGUCUUCCGCCCGUCUGUGUUUUCGACUCUGGCACUAAAGUCCCCGGUCGUACGAACCCUCGCUCUCUGCUAACCUCUGCAUAAUCGCGAGCAGCUGAAGCAUUUGUCCUCGGGACACUACAGCUUGUUUACCAACAUGAGGCAAAUCUGUUGUGGAUGAGCCACGAAUGCAGUACGGUUGUCAAACCCUCCCUCUAAGUACAUGUUCCACGCUCUUUCCAUGUCAGUCCCUGUGCCUUCUGAUUAGCGU